UGCAGAAAAACAACAAGGGGAGUUCCUGUCUGCUGAGGAUUGUUGUUUUGAGUAAUAUUAUUUACAAGCGUAAUAAAUAGUGAAAGUGCAUGGACAUGUAAAUAGCACCGUUAAAAAUUACUUUGAUUUGCUGAAAUCGUUCUUCGUCUCAUGAGUUUAGAAAUUUGUUCUACUCUAUUAUGGAAGAUCCUGUUCUCCAUGUAUUAGUGAUUGGCUUUCAUCACAAGAAAGGAUGCCAGGUUUGGUUUUAAUUAAUAUUAUAUUAAUUUAUUUAAUAAAUAAUCAUAUUAUUCAUAUCCUAAAAAUCUUAAACAAAUAAUUUAAAAAUAGUUUAAGUCUACUCUUAAAACUCCAGACUUAAGACUGAGUUAAGAAUAUUUUUAUAUGGUCAUGAAACAUUCCUAAACUAUACUCAAGAAGUUAUGUAUAGUAUAGCAUUGUAAGGUGUUAUUUGUAAAUUAAACUUAAAGUUAAAUAUAGGCAAUCAUGUAUUUUUGUAUAAAUAUAAUGUAUUGUAAUUAAUUUUAUCAAAAUCAAAACCUUGUGUCUGCAUAUUAUUAAUAUUAUAAAAGUUAUAAAAGUAUUUAUAAAUUUAAAUUUAUAAGUGGUUGAAAUCCAAAUGAAUGUCUGAAUUGUCUGAAUGAAUGGCUCCUUUAUCGUUGAGGACCAAGCAUAUUAAAUAAAUUAUUUCCAUUCAAGGUGGUUAAAUAAAAGUUUCACGAGUAAAAUAUUUUUUUACUGGCAAUUGGCAAUUAAUUUUGUAACAUAACUAAAACUAAUUUACAAACUUGUGACUUGUGUGUGUGUAUGACAGAUAAUAUGUAAUAAUAAUAUUUUUCUGUCAACCAACUGCCUAGGCUUAAGAUUUAAAAAGACAAUUGUCUGUCCGAAUAAUUUGUUAUACCUCAUUAAUGGGGAAAAUGAUUUAAUUGCUUAAUUUACAAGUGCACAGUUGCAGCUUUUAUAUAUAAUAUAGAACUGUGGAACUGCAAGACCCCCUAUUUUCAUUGUCCCUUUUUUUAAAGACCUUCUCUCUACUCGCAUUCUCAUUUUGUAUACUGUAUAUGGAGCGUUCUUUUUUUUUUUUUUACACUUGAUAUUUUAAGAUUGAGUCUUUGUCGUGCAGUUUUCACCCGUUGAAUAAAUAGAAAAAAAAAGACUGUUUUUUAUUUUUUUUUUUUUUUAAAUUUUUUUUUUUUUUUUUUUUUUUUUUUUUUUUUUUUUAUAUGGUGUUUUUUUUUUUUUUUUUUUUUACACUUGAUAUUUUAAGAUUGAGUCUUUGUCGUGCAGUUUUCACCCGUUGAAUAAAUAGAAAAAAAAAGACUGGGUUGACGGAGGCGGGUUGACACUGUCUCUCAAAUUAUUGUUAUUGACCAUGUCUACUUUCUUGAGUGAAUAGGUGGGUGGGUAAGCUCAGAUCUACUUUUUAGUUUUAUGCCUAGGUAGAGAAUUCAGUCACUUAAACUAGGAUUUUGUAAGCAUUCAAUGUUUUAAAAAGUAAAUAAUUUUGUAAUUUAAAUAUUACAAUUUUAUUACUAAAAAGUAGAAAUUACAAAAUAUAUUUAAAAAAAAAUACUUUCUAUCAAAGAAUAAUUAAAACUCACUAAAAAGACGAAAAUAAUUAACAUUUCUUAAAAUGGAUUACACAAAGAAUGUCCAAAGCAUUCAUAUAUAAAAGCAGAUUUCUACAGAAAAAUAUUGGAAUCAAAGACGAUUCAUUCCACAACCCAAAUAUUUUAAAAUAAAAAUGAUUAAUACUAAAUACAUUUUUAUACUUUUAUUAUUAAAUUUUAUUAGUAAAAUAAUCAUUACUAUUUUGUUUAAGAGAGAGCAGAUUAGGGGAGUUAUUGUUGUCUUUUUCUUUUUGUUUGACUUCAAGGAACAUAUCCAAUGCACUUGGUUUUGUCUUCCUUUUCAACCAUUCUUUUUAUGUGGGCCAUUGUUGCUGUGAAUAGUUCAAGAAUAGUCACUCCAUUUGAACAAACCACACGCACAUAGUCACAGUGCAUAAGGAAACACUAGUUAACAGUACACGCUUGCCUGGAUUUUUACAGUAUGAGUGAGGCACAGGAGACAGAGCAUGGGAGAUGAUUACCCAUUGACUCAGUUGUGAUCAUUUGACGUUAGGCACACACUGUGCUCGCACUGCUAGACAUCACUCAUACAAAUUGAGUGAAAAAUUAUUAAAAGAUUUUGCUUGUUAUAAUUGUAAAAUGUUGUCUUGGUUAAAAAUAUGUGCUGAAAAUGAAUGUGUACAAGGUAAUAAAAACACUUCCAUUUAUUUGGAUCAAUAAAGAAUCUUUCUUAUUUUGUGAAAUACUCACUUGCGAAGUCACUUGCAAUUCAAAGUUUUACUUUAUAAGAUUUUAAAUUGCAGGUUGAGUUUUCUUACCCACCCCUUAUAGAAGGGAAUUCAGUUGAGAGUCAUGAGAUUCCUGAAGAAUGGAAACACAUUCCAUCGUUGGCCCUUCCAGAUGGGGCCCAUAACUUUGUCAAAGGUAAUUAAAUUCAUGUUUUGUUUUAUUUGUAUCUCUGUGAUGUCUGCUUAUAGCAAAUUGUGUUGCAAAUUACAGACUCACAUUUUUUAUAGAUUUAAAUAUAUAUCUAUGUAAUUUGUUUGAUCACUAGAGUGAGAAUAGUGUCUAUUUCAUGGCAAUGUCUCAGUUUACUAACUUCAUACACCACCAUUUUUUUCUGCUUUUAUCAAUGCAUCUAAUGUAUAAGCACAGAAGCUUUUUGUGUGUGCUGAUAAUGAUGGAUGUUUUUUAUAGCGCUGCAUCAGAUAUACGCCAAGUGUGUGGAACUUUGCAUCACAUAGAAUGGAAAUCACAUUGAAAAUUUAUGAAUUUAAAGAUAAAACAUGUUUUUUGAAAAAUGUAUUUGCAAUUAUGUCUAUAUACAGUGAUACCCUGGAAGGCGAACUUAAUCCGUUCUAGAACCAUUUUUGAGGGCCAAGAAAAUAUUUUCGGUUUAAAAUAAUAGAACCUGGAUUGAUCCAUUUAAUCCCAGGAGUGCAUCAAUCCAUUUGUAUACAUCUCUUCCAUACAUUUUGAUAAUCUAAAAGUUAGUGUCAUAACCCACUUUGCCAAAUCAGUUGCUUUGAUAGCUUCUUUAUUUUUCAAAAUUGUACACAAAAGUUGAUUUAGGCAUCCCUAAAUUUCAUGCUCAACGAUAAGAUAAGACCUUUUUUAACUUCAGUUGUAGCUUACCUCUACUUUCAUUUUCCUCACUACAGGUUUUAAGACCCAUAGUGUAUACACUUAGUUGCUUUUAUCUAAAGAAAAUAACACAAAACAAGCAUAAAAUUAGCAGUAAAAUCACACAAGAUACUUUCACUACAGCUUCCGAAAAUGAACUUGGUUGGCAUAUGGUUGGCCUGAGCGCUGGGGAAACAGAAAAACUCAUAAACAAUGUGCUGGGCAUUCUGACCUUAUAGCAGCAUAUAGAAUUUUGGCAAAAAUUUGCUCUAGUUUGUGACUUUCGGAUUCCAAGUUGUUCGUGUUCUGGACUGUUCGAAUUCCAAGAUAUCACUGUAUUAAAUGUGUAUAUAUAUCAUGUACAUACCAUGGAACACAUUGCCGGGCUUACUGCUAAUCCAAAAUCAUAUAUAUAUAUAUAUAUAUAUAUAUAUAUAUAUAUAUAUAUGUAUAUAUGUAUGUUUAUGUAUGUAUGUAUAUUUACUGCAUUGUAAUGAAAAAUAAAUAUAUAUAUGUAUGUAUGUAUGUAUGUAUAUUUACUGCAUUGUAAUGAAAAAUAAAUAUAUAUAUGUAUGUAUGUAUGUAUGUAUAUUUACUGCAUUGUAAUGAAAAAUAAAUAUAUAUAUGUAUGUAUGUAUGUAUGUAUAUUUACUGCAUUGUAAUGAAAAAUAAAUAUAUAUAUGUAUGUAUGUAUGUAUGUAUGUAUGUAUAUUUACUGCAUUGUAAUGAAAAAUAAACGUGAUGUUCUUAGAUUGGUUUAGAAAAUAGAUGUAAAUAAUCCAUUACAUAAAAUAUUUACAGGAAAUAAGGGUUUUACAAUUAUUUUUUGUUAUUUUAUGCGUUGUAUACAUUAAUUUCAAAUGCUUUAAUUGUAUAUGUUGAAUAUCAAACUAUGACCAAAAAAAAUGGGGCAACACAUGAAACCAAACAUGCACAUUUUAUAAUUUUUUCAACAGACACUGUGUAUUUUGUUCUGCCUGGGAGAAACGAUAAUCCGCACACAGUUUAUGGUGUCUCAUGUUACAGACAGAUGGAUGCAAGCGUAAGUUAAAAAAGCGACAUUUCAUAUCUAAUUAUUGCAUUAGCCUACGCUAUAAUUCAUAUCUCAAGGUAUUUGAAAAGCAAUAUUUGGCAACUGUAGUAUCUAAUGUUCCAAUACACUGUAUGUAUAUAAAUUAUGUAAAAAAACAAAUUUUAAACAAAUUAAAUAACCGAAAACAAUAACAUUGCAGCAGAUUUUGAAUGAACACUUUUCUUUAUGAGCUCUUUAACACUCAUUCACUUGGCAAUCUGUAUUGUUACGCACUGGCUUCUCUUGUGAGAAAUUAAUCUCUUGUUUUAUGUUAUGGCUCGUUCAAACAGUGCCUAACAAAGGACGAUACCAUAGCUAAAUACAAUAACAAAUUAGGACACCCAAAACAGUUGCCAAUUACAAUUAAUAAGAUUUAAUUUAGUAAUAAAACAAUUACAAAACAAAAGAAAUAUAAUUACAAAUCAUCAACUUACAGAGUAUUGGAAAAUCUUGUACCGGUACACAAUUAGAAGGGGUACAAUGUGCCAAUUAAUAAUGAUGAAUGCGAAUAAACACAUGAGCACACAAAGAAUAAUAUAAUUGUCUUGUAAAGUUAAUAAUAGCUAUCUUUCUAUCUGAAUCUCCGUCUGAAUCUCUUUCCCUCUCUCCGAAACCCUUUACUUAUAUUGUGGGUCUACCAAUACAUCCAGAAACGCCUUUACUUUUCUAAUACAAUUGCGAACAUUCGACAAAACACCACUGAGAACAAAUUAAUUAUUUUUAGUUGCUGUCAGCAAUAAACACGAUAGAUCAAAGGACUAAGCCACGCCCAUCUAUGAACGUAGUGUCUCAUGUGGGGUCAACCAGAGUGCAUGGACAAGGAAAGUGUUUUAAACAAGCUCUACAUAACAGUAUACAUACUAAUCCUUUUCAUAAGGUUUCAAUCAAGGAUAACUCUGUUUGAUAGAAAUGGUUUGUUAACAGACAAAUGUCAGAAUAGUAUGAUAGAAAUGUUAUAAUAUAUAUAUAUUUCGUCAGUCAAAAUCGACCAUGACUACCGUAAUCAUUGUAUAUGCUAAAUGAGUGAAAAAUGAUUAAUGUCACACAUGUUGUGACUUGGAUUUAAGUGAGGAAGAGUUGCAUGAGUUAUCUGCCUCACUCUCUCACCCAAUACCAUUCAAGCAGCAAGACCAUGGAUGGAUGGGAAUGGGAUAGAGUGCCGUGAAUGACCAUGGCAUUAUGUAUGUCGUGUUAUCCUCAGAGUGAUUCACAUUGCAUUACUGUCACUGCUUUUUUGCCUGUUGACCAAAUAGUGGUUCCUCCACACAAUUCACCGGAUCCAGGCUUUACAUUGCUGUCAGAGACUAGCCCUUUUUAACAAAUAUUUGAUGUCCCUCAGCUACCCCAACCUGGUUUUGCCUCCUAGUGGAAGCCAUAAUAAUCACUCUUAAAAUAUUUAAUCACUUUAAUAUAGAAUGUUGAAAAGCCAAAAGUCACAAUGACUUAGAAAUUUUCAGCAGAAUGUUAUAUAAAAGUUUCAUAUCACUAGAGAUUUUUAAUUAAUGGAGAAAUUGAGAAUCUGAGGACAAAUGUAUACUUUAAUAGUAUAGAUAAUUAUUUCUCAAAUAUUAAAAAUGUUUGAGACUUCAAUAUCUUUCUCUGUAUUGUAACUUUUUGAUUCUCACUAUUUUUUCUGUUGCUAUUUUGAAUCAGAUUAAUACAACUGUUUUGUUUAUAUUAUUUAAAUGUAAAAAAAUUAAUUGACAGAAUCUGAUUAACAAAACAGCUGAUGUGACUAGAAGCACAGUGCAAAAAAGUGUUUGUGUAUUAAGCAGACUGGUAAGUGUUUUAAAAAACUACAUUAAUUUAUGAUUUGUUAAUAAAGUAACACAGCUAUGAUAGUGUAUUAAAAAAUUUAGUGUAUUUUUAUAUAAAAAAUUAUAUUAUUUUAUACUAGCCCUGUGGUUUUCAGCCUCUCUCCACUUGUUGCCCCAAGUAGAUAAAAUAAUUUAUUCUUGCGGCAUCCCAUAUCAGGGUCAGACUCUCUAGCCGGUCAUGGAGGUGCAGACAGAAAGCUGUGACAUGGUAUCACAGAGCCGAAAUUACUUUGUUUCUGAUAAAAAUAUCUUUGUAACUUUCUCUGUACCACCCUAAAUCAACAAAUAACACAUUUAAAAAUAGGAUAAUAUUUAUCUCCACCCCAGGUACUAAUGUUUAAGCUCAGUUUAUGUGGAAGCAAUUUAAUAGAGAGAUAAGAGAAUUAGCAAGCGAUAAAUUCAAGGAAUAAAGCUUGUUCUUUUGGAGGCAGAGCUCAAAGAUAAGAAAGAUUUUGCAGCAACCCUAGGGGAUUAUUUGUAUUAGCAGAUAGGCCUUUAAGUAAUUCUUGUUUAUUAACAAAUAAUUUAUUAAUGUAAACAGCACUUCCUUUUUCAGUUAAAUUAAAUGUUAUCCAUACCGUUAUUUUCCUUAAAUGACAGUAUGAGUUCUUUCAACUAAUUUAUAACCUUUCUAUUUUUCUCAUCUUUAGCCUCUGUUUGGUCUGAUCAAAGCAAAGCUGGAGUUGAUAACUCAUGCAUAUUUUGAUGAACGAGACUUUAGUCAAGUGUCUUUAUUGGAAGAGACAUAUAAAAAUUUGAACUCAUCAUUGACACAGAGUCUGUUGGAAGGAACUCAAGUUUUUCUAGGUUAGUUUUAUGCAUGUUAGUUUUAUACAUACAAGAUAUUGAUAUUAUACUCUGCUACAUUUUGUAUUAGAAAUGUCAUUCAAGCAGUAUUUAUAGUAUGAACAUUGAUGUUUAAUAAUAUUAGGUACAGUUACAUAGCUACUAUAAAAAGGUGUUACACUUAUACCUGUGUCAUUACUUAAAACUGCAAUUUAUUUUUGACUUUCUAGGUCUUUCUGCUCGUGAUCUGGUGAUAUUUUACAAGCACAAAGUUAUUGUUCUCUUUAAGUUACUUAUGCUUGAAAGAAGGGUAAGACCAAUUUUUACUUUUUUUUUUAUUUGAUACUUAAUCCAAAAGUAAAGUUUAAAAAUAUGCAGUUAUAAGUACUUCAUGUACAGCUAGUAAUUUGAUAAAAUGUGCUAUCAGGUAUGAUGUUACUAUAACAUUCUGGUGUACAAAAAUGACCCUGAGAGAAUUUUUUUUUUUUUAAAUGCGGUGUCCCAGCAAAAGGGGAUCUUAGUGUGAUUGAGAUACCAGCAUUAGAGUAUUUUGACCCCAGAAAAACUCCAGUCUUAAAAACUUCACUUUCGUACAGAGUGCAAAGUUGGGUCAUUUAAAAGAUAUACAAAUGGUAGUUAGAGGCUGCCAACCUCAUCAUAACCAGUAACUGUCACCACUCGGAAUCUUAAAAAAACAGCAAUAGCCCGUCCACCCCAACGGGGUGAAAAACAGACAUCCAUGAUUUAUUUCAAGGAUUCUUAACCUUUUUACAGCACCCCCUCUUGAUUUCAAUACAUAUUUUUCAGGGGGGGGGUUGUUGUAAAGCCCUCAAGCCCAACAGAUGUAACUAAUGAUGUUCUUUUGAUGCAUGUGUGUAAUGCAUUUGAAUCAGACUAAGCAGAUUAGGAUAGCAAUUUAGUCUUUCUACUGUUGCAUGUUGCAAAUUUAAUUGUUGCAUGAUCAAAUUGUUUUUGCAGGUCUUGUUUUUUGGUUCGCCAGUAGAGUCAUUAUGUCAAACUUUGUUAGGCUUCUUGUCAUUAUUUCCAGGUAAGUAUAUGAUUUAAAAAAAAAAAAAUCUGUUUUUAUGUAUGAUAAUUUUAAUUUAUAGACAUGUAAUUUAGAAUAUUGACUUAAAGUGAUUAAAUUCUCAAAUCAUUUUAUUAACUGUGAAUAUCCUGCAGGUAUGUUAGAAAGUGGCCUGAGUCAGUCCUGCAAUCAGUGGGGUGUAAAGAAGUUGUCUCCUAAUUUAGCUGUAGCAGACUUCAAUUCAGAUUUGGAUGAGAAUGAACAAUUUUUAGAAGUUUGUUAUCAUACUUCUACUCCUGAAACCCCUCUCAAUGAGCUCCUUGGACACAUGCACAAUUCUGGUAUGAAUCUUGUGUCUAGUGGAGAUGUAGAAGUUGCUUCUUUAAACACCAGUCAUGAAACUGAAUCAGCAAUGGUGAACAGUGAAGCACCUGAGUCUCCAUCUAUACCCCGGGAUCCCUUAAAUUCUGUAGAUAACGGUAGCAACAAGGUUCAAUUUCCCAACGGAGGUCAUGUAACAAGAAAAGAACCUCAAUUAUCACAAGGCUCAAGGUCCAGAAGUGCCAGCUCAACUGAUUCUGAAAAACUCACUGUUCAUGCCUUUAGUAAGGCUAAAAGACAAUUUUCUGUAGAUGAUUCAAAAAUGUAUUCAUCGGGAGACAUUGGUAAGAAUCAUUUAACUGAUAGUCCAUUGACCAAUUUAGAUACAAUUACACAUAUUGAAAGUGUCCAAAGUGUUGUAACAUCAGAUGCUUUCAUGGAGCUCAGUAAAAAGUUAACAGAAUACGACAACAACAGCAAUGCUGUUGAUAAAUUGACAAAGUCCAGAAACAAUAGUUUGACACUCAGCAGCACAACAUCUAGACAGGAAACUGAUGAUUUGAUAGAGGACCUAGAUUCCCCUGAGAGUAUCAGCAAAAUAGACAAGGAGGAUUGUUUUUCCUGGGAGCAAGACAGGCUACAGUUAACAAUUGACCAUGAACAGACCUCUAACAACAAGGCUGGAUCUUCAACCCCUUCCUCAUCAAUUAGUGAAAGUAGGGAGUCCAUUGUAGCCAGUGAAAGCGGGAAAGAGUCUAUAUCAGAUGACACUGCCAGUGCAUCUUCUCUCAAUAAAGUAAAAAAAUCAAAGUUGGGGUUUGGUAGGAAAGAAAUUAACCCAGAGUCACCAGUCUCCAAACAUAAGAAGCCCAUUGCUAUUAAAAGUAAAUUAUCAGCUGCUUUUGUUAAAAGAGGGAAGAAAAAGGAGACAUCUAACAAAAGUGACAAUUCCUUGACAAAUCAUGGGGGUGAUGUUGUGCUUCAGCAAGAUCAGUUUGGUUACCCUUUAGCUAUCUUUACCAAGGUAGGACUAUUUUAUAUAUAUUUUUACAAAUGUUUUAGUAUUAAUAUUUUAUGUUGAUUAAUUGUUUUGUUAUAAAGAUAUCCAAUUGAUGACAUGAUUAUAGAUUAUGGUAGAUUUGCCAAAUCAUUGUUGAUUUACACAAAAAAAUAACAUGGAUCAUAUUACUUUUUUUGUUAACGGGAUACAUUCUUUUUAACAGCCAUAAAAUUCUCUUUCAGGGCGCUGUAUGCUAUCCAUAUUUAAGUCUACAGUACCAUGACAUUCUGACUGACGUCAACUACCGCAGCUUUGUUCUAGGUGCCACCAAUGUUUUAUUUAAACAAAGAAGGCAGCUCAUUGAUGUAUUUAUAGAGGUAAGUACUAGGAAAUAUAAACAAAUAAGAUAACAAGACAAAAUUCAUUUCUACAUGGUAGAGGAAGGUCAAUUUGUCCCUGAAAAUAAUUUAUAUAAGUGGGGGAUAUUCAGGCCAUUUUUUUCAUACAAGUAUCAUGUUCCCAUAAUUUUUAACCAAUUCAGUGCCUUGUGUUAUUUCUGCAUAUUUCUCACAAAUUUCAUAACUUAAAUCAGAUCCAAGAUGGAAAGUUGGAUAUAAGAGAUAAAGAACUCCAAAAGCAGCUGAAUCUCACUACUGCUGAUCUCAGGUUUGCUGACUACCUGGUCAAGACAGUCACAGAUGAUAGGCCAGGUCUGUUUUUAGAUGGCACAGGUGAGAGGGAAAUAGGCUGUUAUUUGGAACCUCAGUUGAUGCAUGUUAAAAAUAUUAUUCCCUGUGCAUUAAAUGUACACACCACCUGUGAUUUCAUCAAUGUUGUAAUAUGCUCCCUCAUUUAUUUGCUCUUAUCUGUGUAAGAUUUAUUGUCUGAUUCAAUGUCCAUCAAAUUGUGCAAGGCUAUCUUGCUUAUGAAUGCAGCAAAUCUCUCUAGUAUUUAAAGGUAGAAUAGUAAAAUUAAACUGAAUAGGAGAACAAGGUAUGUGGAAGCUAGAAGUAGAAACACAGGGCAAUAAAGAAGAAUGUUUUGGCUAAGAGCCUUCCUCAGCAGACUGGACAAAUGAAGAAAUAAAAAGAAAUAGAAAGUUUCUUAUUUCUUCAUUUGUCCUCUUUGCUGAAAAAGGCUCUUAGCCAAAACAUUCUUCUUUUAUUUUCCUGUAUUUGCAUUUUUUCAUUUAUCCUUAGUAAAAUUAAAGCAUGAUAUGCAAUAAGAUCACAAUUUUUGUUUAGUUUAUAGUCCUUGUCUUUCUUAAGAAUUACUUGUGUUGUGACAUCAGUCUGCGCUAUGCAGCAUCACUAGUUAAUGAACAGUACCAUGUCAUCUGUUUAUCAACACAGUUCUUUGAUUUAUAAUGUUAUGAUUUUAUUUGAAAUUUAACUAUUAGCAGUGAUCUUCAUGUUGAGUUUUUUUAACUUUAGCCACAUACAAUUAAACAUUAGUCAUUGUAUUCUAACAGUUUCUGUGCUGAUAUAUUAAUAUUGUUCUCCAAGCUGAAAAUGGCUAUUGUGGUGUAAAAUGUGUUAAUAAAUGAUCUAUCUCUAGGACAUGUGAUAAAUAUUGUAUAGUAUGUCAAUUAUACUGCCCCUUAUGUCAGUAAGUUAUCUUUUGAAAUUAUGUUCUAAUAAUUUUAUUAUGAAAUUGUUUGUUAGAAGUAUAAAUCUCUGAUGGACUAUUCUAUAUAACUGACAUAUUUCAGAAUGGGAAGGCAGUGAUGAGUGGGUUAGGGCACAGUUCAAGCAUUAUCUCAAUUCUUUGCUCUCUACAGUAGUAGCAGAUGGUGAGUACCAAUAGUUUUAUUGUUCAUCAACUUUUACAGCCUUUUAAGGGCUUCCACACACCCUUUCUCAAAAAUGUAUACAGUGGAACCUCUCAUAACGAGUUUAGCGAAACACUCGUUAAACGAAACAAUUUUUCUCAUACAAAUCAAGGUAAAAUACGAUAAUGCCUUCGUUCCAUGCUGAAAAAAAUACUUAUUUUUCCAAAAAAUUUUAUUAACAUUUAUUCAAAUAAAAUUACUUAUGAAUUGAUAAGGAGUGUAACAACUUGGAAUACAAUUUAGAUUUGAAACAAAAAACGUAAAUAAAAAUAUGAAUUUUAUGACAAAUAAUUAAUCCUUUUUAACUAGAAAACUGUCUAAAGACAUUUGUUUUUGCUGACGCUUCAAAAUUUGACGAAAAUGUGUCACAGCAUUAUCAUUGAAUAAGUUUGUAGCACAAAUAGCCACCUCCUUAUUAGGGUGAUUCUUCUCAAUGUACGAUGCAACCGUUUCCCAUGCUUUCAGCAUUUCUCAUAUUGCGCCAGAAGAUUGUUACUCUGCUACUUCCUCCUCCAUUAAUGAGCUCUUCUCCAUAAUUUCUUGCUGUGAAACACAAUGCAACUCCAUAAGCUCUUUGGUGGUUAACUCUUGAAAUGUCGCUCGUUAAGGGAGCAACUUCUUCACAUUUUUUUUUUGCUCGUUAUGCGAAUUACUCGUCAUGAGAGGUGCUCGUUAUGAGAGGUUCCACUAUAUAUGUAUUCGUUGCAUUUAACUAUUUGUUAUUUAAAACUAUGUAAUUUCAGAUCCCAAGUUAGUGGAAGACUUUGGAACUUCAUUCCUAACAGCAUGGAAAACAACGCACAACUUUAGAUUUUGGGUUGAUACAGAUCACAUAGCUAUAAAGGAAUUCCCCCCAGGGUAAUUUAUUCAGUCUAUUUUUUAAAAACAGAUUAAAAAACAUACUGCUAUUUCAAAUAUAUCUUACACAUCUGCUUACAAUAUUCAAUGCUGCAUUCAUUUUUUAUUUGUAAAUAUUUUUUUAAAGUGAUAUAGUUUCUUCAUUAUCAUUAAUAAGUUUUGUAAUUUAUGUUGCCUAGUCCCUUUUUUUUCAAUCUCUAUUACAGACAUCCAUUCCAGGGUAACCUCAGUAUGGCUGAUGUGAGAGUCAGAUUUAAUCAGUAAGUCAUGUUGGAAAAUGACAAAAUACUAAAUAUAAAUUACACAUUGUUUUGCACGCCACAUUUUUUUGUUGUGAAGUGACAUCAGGUUUUUAUGCUGUCUAGUCGUGCUUCAUGUUGUUUUCAGACAAAUAAAACGUUGAACUAACUUUGAUGGCUGCCUCUGCUUAUUUUAUUAUCUUCCUUGUGAAUUUUUAAGUCAUUCAUAGACUUUCAUUAUGUAAUCAGAGGAUCGUUCAUAGAAUUUCAAGUGUAAUCAAUACAUCAUUUAUUUCAUAAUACAAAAAUUUACUUUUUCCAAGAAAUCCAAGAAAUUAAUAAAAUUAUUUUUUUAUUUAAAACAUUUAAAUAUUAAGAAUAUAUUCACGAAUUAAGUAUCUAACUUUUGUGGUUCACAUUAGGCAUUUCUAUUUUUUUUUUUUUACAGUUUUGAUUUUAUAUCAAAUGGUCAAAAUGUAUAUAUUUUCUUUAACCACUUGAACUUCCUAUGCCUACCCUGUGUUUGUGGAAUGCUACAGAGCUGAAAUUCGGUACAUAGCUUAGUUUCAAGGUAUCCGCUAAUCUCUAAAAACAUUUGGUGGAUCCUUGAUUUACAUAUUUGGGAAUCUGUAUAAUAAUAUUUUUGAACAGAUUAAGAAAAACUUUAAUAUACAGAAAAAAAGCAAUGAUUUAAGGAUGCAGGUCAAGCCAUUAGAUAAUUCUGUCAUAAUCAACAUUCCUCCAAAUUCAAUAUUUGCACUCCUAAAUGCGAUAUCGAGAAUUAAAGCUUUGCCAGCUGAAGGUUAAAAAUACACAAAAAAAAGGUUUUUUUGUUGUUGUUUUAUAAUUUCCUUUUUUUUUUUCAUAUUAAUUAUACAGUACAUUACAAAGUACAGAGCGUGGGAGAAAAAUUAACGCGGCAGUUGUUUCAACUGGAAAGUAUGUGGUACAGACCGGGAAAGCUGUCGGUGAGUGAUCAUUUUAUUCAUCCUGUAGCUUAAAAACAAAAAGGGAAAUACCAAUACCAUUAUCAAGUUAUUUAUUUUCAAGAUGUACUCAUAUUAUAAUUAAGGUUAUUCCCUUUUGUCCAGUUAUCUUAAGAAUUUGAGCCAGAUGAGUUUUUACAUUUAUACAAAUAAAACAUAUAUAUGUACAUAUGAAUUGGUUUGUUCUUCUAGGUGGAGCAUUUACAUCAGCAAAAUCAGCUGUGUCUGGUUGGUUCAGCAGCUGGAGAAACAAUGACAAAGUAAUUGAAGGACAAGAAAAGCAGGCCUCUUCAGAAGACUUUAAGAAACUGGAAAGUCAUGGGGACAAUAUUUCCAAAAUCUCCGGUGAGAUUGACGAGGUUCAUGAUUUAGUGAAAACACAAUAGAUGCUCUCUUUUGCUGCACUUCAUUCAUACAUGUUUGAAAAUAAUUUCAAUUACUUAAUGCUGAUAAGUAUUAUACAAUAGAUGGUUACUUGAUAAGAGAUUGUCGGUUGAUGGCAUUAUAACUAGUCACGCAAAAUUCAUAUCAGUGAGUUACAACUAAGUUAAGGUGUUAGAACACUGAAUGGUUUAUUUUGUACUUUUUAUAUACAAAUCCUGUUUCGUUUUUUAAAGAAUUUUUGCUUUGUAUUGGGGGAUUAAAAGAAACAAUUUUUUGGUCUGUUUAAAAAAUUAUUGUAAAUAGAAGUCUUUAUUUUUUAGCUGAUUCUAGGAUAAACAGACCAAUUUAUGGUGCCUUGAUCAAUUUUCAAUGAGUUGUAAGAUAAAACUUGUUGGUAUAAAAAAGAUGUUUAUUUAUUUACUUGAAAGAGGUAUCUAGGUCUUUUCAAAGGACAUCAAUAGUGCAUAUAUUCUACCCAUCAUCACUUCUCUUAAUGUAC